GCAAACAAAACACACUAGAAACCCUAAAAAGUAUAUAAAAUAAGACUAAACACGCAAGUCCACCUUCACUUUGGCUCAAGACAACAACAACAACAAUGGCCGCCGAGCAGGACGAGGAUCUCCUUGAUAACUGGGAGGAAAUUGACGAAAACCCGGCUGUGUUAGAAAAGCGUCUGGAGAAACUGUCGGUGAAGAAACCCACAGCAGAGGCGCCCAUCAUGCCGACCCAGCUGGUGUCCUGUGAGGAUGGCCCACGCACGCCCUUCACGUCACAGGAGCCCAAGAUAAUGAUCCUUCGCCGGCCACAGGAGAGAAGUCCCUCGUCUGCGGCAAACGGCAUCAUUAACUCCAGACAGAAGCAGCCGGUGAAGUCUCUCGAACAGCGGCAGCAGGAAUACGCGCAGGCCAGGCUGAGGAUACUGGGGGACGCUGGCAGUGCUGAGGAGAGCAAGCCUAAACCAGUACAGCAGAAGUCACUGGAGCAGAGAGAGGCAGAUUACGCAGCAGUCCGGCUCAGAAUUAUGGGAUCUUCUAAAUCUGUUGAGGAGCACAUGAUGUCAGGCACACCGCCGGGAGUCCCCACCACCACCCUGAGUCCCCCACACACCCACUUGACACCCCAGAGCAACAGUGUUGGAGUGGUGAGGUGUCCCAGGGGCCCUGACGGCACAGCAGGGUUCAGCAGGGGCAGCAGCGGCGGCGGACAGAGGUAGCAGAGGCUUAAAGCAGAGCACCGAUGUUCCCUACCACCACCACCACCACCACACAGGCAAGAAUGGAUCAAGUAUUACUGCCGAUGCCUUUGGACAGUGUUGGCGUGUGUCUGCUGCUGCCACCGCUGCCGUGUCGCCCCCCUGCCGCCACCCUGCCGCCCGUACGACCUCCAUUGGUUUAUUUAUUGUGUACUAACGUGUGUGUGUCCGUGGCAAGGCGAGGUGAGGCAAGGCAAGGCGCUGAGGGGGCGUAGGAGGUGCCACAGUGCCAGUCCUUUUACUUACUCCUGUUUAUUUUCAUUUUUUUUUCAUUUUAUUCUUUUUUCCGAGUGGGGGUCAUUUUCCCGGGGGGCAUCUUCCAGUGUCCUGCGUCCUGUGCCCCCUCCCGCCGCCCCCCUCCCUGCCCCCCCUUUGCCAGGUGGUACGCAGAAACUGAGAGAGGCUAAGAGGCCGGACUCAUUGUGUUUCUUUUAUUGGUAAGCGUUGGAGGAGGAAGAAGAAGAAGAAGAGGAGGAAGAAGAGGAGGAGGAGGAGAAGUUAAGUUUGAAAGCUGAAAAAACAGACUUAUUGCUUUACAGUUUUAUUAGUAAUAGUUAGAGAGAAGAAGAAGAAGAAGAGAAGAGGAGGAGGAGGAGGAGAUAAAGUGAUUUUUGUAUUGAUGUUUUAUUGGUAAAUUGGAGGAGGAGGAGGAGGCAAAAAAAAGAGAGAAAGAGAGAGGUUUUUAAGUUUGAGAGCUGAAAAUAAACAAUCUUUGUAUUACUGUUUCAUAGCUUAUAGUUGAGGAGGAGGAGGAGGAGAUGGAGGAGGAGGAGGAGGAGGAAGAAGAGGAGGAGGAGGAGG